AUGGUGGACUCCUAUGAGACCGAUUUUGAUGAUGGCAAGCCACCAGCCCGCAUAUCGCUAGCCUCAUGGGUCGAACUCCUAGACCCCGUUUCUCCCACCGCACAAUCAUACUACCUGUCCCGUCGCUACUUUAACAGUGCUACACAGCGAAUCAGAAGCACCAAGACACAUCAGAAACUCGCCAAGCUCAAGAACUCUGCACAGGAUCUCACUCCGCAGCUCGAAGAAAUCAAAAAACGCACCCUCACCAGGCUCCAAGCCCUUGACAAGCCUCUGGAAACGCUAUUCUUUCAUAAGAGCUCGUAUCUCGAGAAAUGGUUUUACCCGUUCACGCUCUUUAACAUUUUCGGCAUCGGGUUUAUUAUCGGCAAGUACCCCGAAUGGUUUCACGUAUACUACACUGCGAUGCUGGUGCUAUUGAUGCCUGUGCGCUUCUACACAUACUACAAGACCAACAGUCACUACUAUAUGGCGGACUUGUGUUACUAUGUGAAUAUGAUGUGCCUGCUUUUUAUCUGGGCUUGGCCAACUUCCGUUCAUCUGUACCAAUCCUGUUUUGCAUUUACCUUCGGUACACUGUGCUUUGCUGUCAUAACCUGGAGAAACUCCCUAGUCAUUCAUUCGGUCGACAAGAUCACCUCAUGUUUCAUCCAUAUCAUGCCUCCUUUGACCAUGUACACCAUACGACAUGGUAUCGGCGAGGAUCUAAAGCUCGAGCGGUUCUCAGCGGCUUCUGUACUGUCCUCUAAAAGCUGGAACCUAAAAUACAACAUUUUGUGGACCUCGCUGUACUAUUUGGUUUGGCAAAGUGCAUACCACUAUUUCAUCACUCUGCGGCAAUCUUCAAAGAUCAAAUCUGGGCAAAGAGUGACAAGCUUUGAAUACCUCACUUCACAUCAAUUCAAGAACUUUUGGGCUGUCAAAUUGCCUGAUCCUUGGCCGAUGGUUUGCUAUAUCUUGAUCCAAUACUGCUAUCAACUGGGCACCAUGAUGUUGUGUGGAAUUUGGUUUCACCACCGGAGAGCAGCAGGUGCAUUCUUGAUGUUCAUAUACCUUUGUGCUGCAAGAAACGGUGCAUCAUAUUACAUUGACCAUUACGGCAAGAAGUUUGAGAAAGAGGUGACUAAGCUGAAGGUUGAACUUGAAAAUAUGCAGCAACAGCUCGACCAAAAGUGUUAUUCCGCUAACGAAGAAGAAACUCAUUCACUUUGA